CCUCCUCAUUUAAUCAUUUUCUCCUCCUCUGCCCAAAGCUACUAAUUGCACCAUUUAUUUCCAUCAUUUUCCUCUACAGCACCCUUCAUCUACUCCUUCCUUUCCGUUUACUCUUCCAGCUGUUUGAUUUUAUUCCCCAGUAAAGCUAUAUUUGGUAACUGCUAUUCAAGUUCUGAUCUUGGCUGAAUUUUGUUGGGAAAGCUAUCUGAGAAGGAACUAAUCUCCGUGUGAUGCUAUUUGGCCACAUGGGUAUUGAUAUUCAGAUAGAGUAAUGAAGGGGGGCCGUUACUAGUAGUUGAUGCUUUUGUAAUUUAGCUUAGAGGAGGAAAAGAUGGGCACAAAGUUCCAUUUCUUGUCAGUUUUAUUCUGCUCAACUCUGUUCUGGUUAGCAAGCAGUGAACCAUUUGAAGACAAAGAAGCGCUUCUUGAUUUCCUUGAUAAUAUUAACCACUCUCGCUAUCUCAAUUGGGAUGUGCAAACUUCUGCUUGCAAUUCUUGGACCGGAGUCACUUGCAAUCAUGAUAAUUCAAGAAUUAUAGCAGUUAGAUUACCUGGAGUUGGAUUCCGCGGCUCGAUUCCUGUAAACACUCUAAGCCGCUUAUCUGCUCUUCAGAUCUUGAGUUUGAGGUCUAAUAGUCUUAGUGGACCUUUCCCUUUUGAGUUUGCAAACCUUGGAAAUUUGACUUCUCUGUAUCUUCAGUCCAAUAAUUUAAAUGGUUCAUUGCCUGCUGAUUUUUCUGCUUGGAAAAGCCUUUCGGUUUUGGAUUUGUCAUAUAAUGAUUUUAGUGGGAGUAUACCGUCUUCAGUUUCAAACUUGACUCAUUUGACUGCUCUUGUUCUUGCUAAUAAUUCACUCUCUGGGAAUAUUCCUGAUCUCAAUCUCCCUAGCUUGCAACUAUUAGAUCUUUCCAACAAUGACUUUACUGGAAAUGUCCCCAAUUCUCUUCAAAGAUUUCCUGGUUCGGCUUUUGCUGGUAACCGGCUUUCUCCUGCAAAUUUAUCACCUUCACUUCCUCCAGUUCCUCCUCCAAGUAUCCCACCAAAAAAGAAAUCUUUAAAACUCCGUGAACCUGCAAUACUUGGGAUCGUAAUUGGAGGAUGUGUUUUAGGUUUCUUGCUAAUAGCUGCAGUGCUAAUUAUGCGCUAUUCGAAGAAAGAGGGUAAAAAUGGGGCCAUAGAGAAAUCAGUCAAGAAAGAAGCAUCGUUUAGGAAGGGAGCUUCCAGCAGUCAGCACGGAGAACGGAAUCUUGUAUUCUUUGAGGGUUGUAAUCUCGCAUUUGACCUUGAAGAUCUGUUGAGAGCUUCAGCGGAGGUGCUUGGUAAAGGAACAUUUGGCACUGCGUAUAAGGCAGCUUUGGAGGAUUCUACAACAGUUGUGGUGAAGAGGUUGAAGGAGAGUGUUGGAAGAAAAGAUUUCGAGCAACAGAUGGAGGUUGUUGGCAAUAUCAGGCACGAGAAUGUGGCUCCACUUAGGGCAUACUACUAUUCCAAAGAAGAGAAGCUCAUGGUCUAUGAUUUUUACAGCCAAGGGAAUGCAUCUGCAAUGCUGCAUGCAAAGAGGUCUGCUGAUCGGAUUCCUCUAGAUUGGGAUAGCCGACUACGAAUUGCCAUUGGUGCAGCUAGAGGCAUUGCUCAUAUACACGGAGAGACAGGGGGAAAGCUUGUCCACGGGAACAUAAAAUCCUCAAACAUAUUCCUCAACUCCCAAGGGUUCGGUUGUAUUUCUGAUCUUGGCUUGGCAACUAUAAUGAGUCCGCUUGUUCCACCAGUCAUGCGGGCUGCAGGUUUUCAACCCCCAGAAGUUACAGAUUCAAGAAAAGUGUCCCAAGCCUCCGAUGUAUACAGCUUUGGAGUCCUAUUGCUUGAACUUCUCACCGGAAAAUCACCUAUACAUGCCACAGGGACGAAUGAGGUUGUCCACUUAGUCAGAUGGGUACAUUCUGUCGUUCGUGAGGAGUGGACUGCAGAGGUAUUCGACGUGGAGCUUUUGAAGUAUCCUAAUAUAGAAGAAGAAAUGGUGGAGAUGUUACAAAUAGGUUUGACCUGUGUAGCCAGAAUGCCAGACCAGAGACCAAAAAUGUCGCAAGUAGUAAAGAUGGUAGAGGGUGUUAGAAGAGUGAAUACAGGGACUCGGCCAUCCUCUGAAGGUUCUACUCCCAACCUGACACCACCAAUGACUGAAAUAAGGUCGUCUUCUAUUAUACAUUGAUAUUUCUUGUUAUUUAGAGAUUAGUUACUGUUGUCUAUCGUCCAUUUGUUUCUUUGUUACGAGUUCAAAGACAUGGCUGGUAAUUCUUUAUUGUUUCAGCUAUCAAAUUGAAUAGGGAUGCUAAAUAGUUAAUUUCUCUCUUCUUGAUC